AUGUCUGGUUUACUUUCCCUGCUUUCGCGUACGAAUGCGCGCGUCUGCUUCACCCCGCGGCGAAUGCCUCUCAGCGCCAGACUCUUGUCGACUCUUCCCAACACACAUAUCUUCCGCGCACUCCAGAGCCAUGACCCAGAAAGCCUGGCCGUCGUGCAUAGCAUCUCUGCCCGAUCAUUCACCUACGGUAAUCUAAUUGCCGACACCGUUCUCGCUAAGGAGGACCUGGAACAAAAGGCCCAGGGCCAAUUGGCUGGCGAGCGGAUCGCCUUCAUCGCGGAGAGCAGCUAUGAUUACGUCGUGAUGAUGCUGGCGAUCUUUGCUAGUGAUGCCAUUGCGCUCCCGCUCUCGCCGGCUUUCCCGGUUGCGGAGCUGAAGUAUAUCUUGGACAAUUCACAGGCUAAGAUGCUGUUGACAACUCAAAAAUAUGCCAAUAAAGGCCUGGAAGUUGUGGACAAGGGAUUGGAGCACGAGCCUGUGUUCUCUAUCCGCCGUAAGCUCACAGAGGGCGCCUCGAGCAGCGAAGCUGUAACCCUACAAGAUUUGAAGCAGCCUUCGUCCGGUGGGUUGAUGUUGUAUACAUCUGGGACAACGAACCGACCGAAAGGUGUACUCAUCCCCCACUCGGCAGUGGCCGCGCAGGCAUCUUCACUAUUAGAAGCAUGGAAGUACACGUCGGAUGACCGGCUGCUUCACUUGCUUCCCCUCCACCACAUCCACGGCGUGGUAAACGCAAUCGUGGCGCCAAUAGUAGCAGGCUCCUCGGUCGAGUUCAUGCACCCCUUCAAUGCGGAAAAAGUCUGGAAACGACUAGCAGCACCCUUCCUCCCAUCCAACAGCUCAAGAUCACCCGUCACAUUCUUAACUGCCGUCCCAACAAUCUACACCCGCCUCAUGGCCACCUUCCCGGAACUAACCCCAGAGUACCAAAAAGCCGCCAAAGAAGGAAUCUCCCCACAAAACCUUCGCUUGAGUAUCUCCGGCUCGGCCGCCCUACCAACACCGACUAAAGCCGCCUGGACAAAACUCAGCAACGGCAAUGUUCUCCUCGAACGAUUCGGCAUGACCGAAAUCGGGAUGGCGAUUAGCUGCGGCCUCGACGUCGCAGACCGGGUCGACGGCAGCGUCGGCUGGCCGCUCCCAGGCGUCGAAGCCCGACUCACCGACCUCGAAACGGGUGCUGUCAUUCCAGUGGAAGACAAGAAUUCCAAUGGCCCAGAACGCCAAGGCGAGAUCCAGAUCCGCGGUGAAACAGUCUUCGACCAUUACUGGGACAACGAGAAAGCCACGCGCGAGAGUUUCGUUCAGAGCGAUGAUGGAGGCCGACCGUGGUUCUGCACCGGCGAUGUCGCGAUCCGUCGAGUUGUUGACGGAGCUGGUAGUGGAGCGAGCGGAGAUUGGGCUCGGGGACCGAUGUAUUUCAUCCAGGGGCGGAAGAGUGUUGAUAUCAUCAAGACUGGGGGUGAGAAGGUUAGCGCGUUGGAGGUUGAGAGGGAGUUGCUUUCUCUUCCCCAAAUCACCGAAGCUGCAGUUGUUGGUCUCCCAUCUGAACAGUGGGGCCAGAAGAUUGUUGCGGUGGUUGUUCUUUCUCCCGACGCAGCUACUUCGGGUCAUAAUGGUCAACCCUGGGGCCCGCUGGAUAUGCGGCGCGCGCUGAAGGAUUCUCUUGCUCCUUUCAAGAUCCCGCAUGAGAUGAAGGUUUUGGAAGCUAUUCCGAGGAAUGCAAUGGGUAAGGUCAAUAAGAAGGCACUGGUGAAAGAGGUGUUUGGUGCAUGA